GAAAUUCAUGAACCUGGUUAGCUGAGCUUUUCUGAUAUUUUACAAAGACGAAAAAAUCUCAGUUUGAGCCAGUGGUCAGCGUCUUCAACUACUCUACGCCAUUGCCCAAAAAUCUUGACCCAAGCUCGUUUCCUUUGUCAGCAUCCCAUUCUGCACCAUUUCCAUGGCGUUCUCUGCAAUAUUCUACACAUCUUCACCUUCCCUUACUCUUCAUUGCAAAACCCAUAGACCCAUUUUCUCUCAUGCUGCAUACUUCUCAAAAUCUCUCAUUGUCAAAGCUUCAUCCACUCUGGACUACUCCAAGGUCUCUGUAGACGAGAAAGCGUUAGCCCCAACAAAGACAAAUAAUUGGCAGUGGAAAUUUAAAGACAAUACGAUUAACAUCUAUUAUGAGGAGCAUGAAAAGUACAACAAUGAUUCUUCGAAAAAUAUCCUUAUGGUACCAACCAUUUCAGAUGUUAGCACUGUUGAAGAGUGGAGAUCAGUAGCUAGAGACAUAGUUCAGCGAGUUGGUAAAUUCAAUUGGCGAGCCACCAUUGUUGAUUGGCCUGGUCUGGGGUACUCAGAUAGACCUAAGCUGGAGUACAAUGCUGAUGUGAUGGAGAAAUUCCUGGUCGAUUUCAUCAAUGCACCUGAUGGUCCUAUAAAUGGCUUAGAAAAUGACUUGGUGGUAUUUGGAGGAGGUCAUGCAGCCACACUUACUAUUCGUGCUGCAAAACAGGGUUUCCUAAAGCCACAAGCAAUCGCUGCCAUUGCACCCACCUGGGCUGGUCCUCUUCCCAUUGUGUUUGGUCGAGAUUCAAGCAUGGAAACAAGGUAUGGACUGCUUAGGGGCACCUUAAGGGCUCCGGCUGUGGGCUGGAUGAUGUAUAACAUGCUUGUCAGCAAUGAGAAGGCCAUUGAAUCCCAAUACAAAUCCCAUGUGUAUGCAAAUCCUGAAAAUGUCACUCCUGACAUUAUUGAAACCAGAUAUGCAUUAACAAAACGGAAAGGUGCUCGCUAUGCACCUGCAGCAUUCUUGACUGGUCUACUUGACCCUGUACAGUCCCGAGAAGAGUUUCUUGAUCUCUUUGCAGCUAUGGAGGGAAAGAUACCAGUUGCGGUUUUAUCAACUGAGGGAUCUCCAAAAAGGUCAAAAGCCGAGAUGGAAGCUCUCAGGGGAGCCAAGGGUGUGAGCAAGUUUAUUGAAAUUCCAGGCGCUCUUCUUCCACAAGAGGAGUAUCCCAUCAAGGUUGCAGAAGAACUUUACCGGUUCUUGCAAGAAAACUUCGACUCUAGGGCUUAGGUUUGCUUUCUACAUAUACUUUUUCGCUCAGGUUGUAGACACCACACUUUUUAUACUCAAGUUAAUUUGAUUCUACUCCCAUUGUCAUAUAAAAUCUUCAAAUCUAGAACUUAUACCCGUAGGAAACAGUAUGUUGAAGAAUAAGAAUCUGUGUAAACAUUUAUUUAUAUGCAUAACAACUCGGGAAAAUUUUCAACUUUUCUUUUCACAUGAUUUGAGGUUUGGACUGAAAGUCCCUCAAUCAGUUGAUGUAAAACAUUGUGAAAGACAUUUUUGUUAUAGUUAACUUCAUUGCUGAGUUGCACAGGA